UACAAACUAUACACAACGAUUCUGAAGGCGGUAAAUGUCAGAAAUCGAUCAUCUCUUCCCUCUUGUUUUUUUUUUUUCCCCUUCCAUAGCAAAUUUCUUAUUUAUGCCUGCCUGCUGCUGUUCUCAAUUUUGCUGUCUCUCCGGCUGGAUAACAAGAUCGAGUGGAGCUACUGGGCAGUCUUUGCUCCGAUAUGGCUGUGGAAAUUAAUGGUUAUUGUGGGGGCCUCCGUGGGGACCGGAGUAUGGGCCCGCAACCCACAAUAUCGAGCAGAAGGGGAAACGUGUGUGGAAUUCAAAGCCAUGCUAAUUGCCGUCGGCAUCCACCUCCUCCUGCUGAUGUUUGAAGUUCUGGUCUGCGAUGGAAUCGAGCGAGGGACCCGUUUCUGGCUGCUGGUCUUCAUGCCCCUCUUCUUCGUGUCUCCGGUCUCCGUGGCUGCUUGCGUGUGGGGCUUCCGGCAUGACAGAUCUCUGGAGCUGGAAAUCCUGUGUUCUGUCAAUAUACUCCAGUUCAUAUUUAUUGCCCUCCGAUUGGACGAAAUCAUCAAGUGGCCGUGGCUUGUUGUUUGUGUCCCUCUGUGGAUCCUGAUGUCCUUUCUCUGUUUGGUCGUGCUGUAUUAUAUUGUCUGGUCAGUCUUGUUCUUACGCUCGAUGGACGUGAUUGCCGAACAAAGAAGAACACACAUUACUAUGGCAAUCAGCUGGAUGACAAUCGUCGUUCCGUUGCUCACCUUUGAAGCUCCUUUUUCUCAAAAACUGCCCAGUUAUACCUACGGCUGCAAAUAG